AUGGUGAAAAAGGGAUUCUUUAUCUUCGCCGCUUUCGCUGCACUCGUGUUGGCUAGCGAGAUUGAAGACAAUGAGCAAAAGAAAAGGGGAGCUGGGAAGACGAACACUCUGAACGCCAUCCCUACGGGAGCACAAAAGCCUGAAUAUACUUACAGCAUUUAUACCCAAAGUGCGAAUGCACAGAGCAUCCCAAGCCAGUCCUAUCAGAGUCAAGUACCAAAUUUAUUCUAUCCUAGUAGUCAGGUUGCAAGCCAGUACUAUGCUCCAUCUAACAACCCUGACACAUCUACCUCAAACUCUCUUCAUACUCAAGUUACACCAAAUAUCAACUCCCAAGUCGCACAGCACACUCAACCUCAAUUCAUACCUAUAAACUUCAUUCCCAAUCCAGGUUAUCAAUCGAAAUAUCAAAUUUUAUCUCCAAAACAAAGUGGAAGUUUGCAGUUGGCUUUUGUACAGCAGCCUGCAAUACAACCUUCGCAAAUUCUUCAGUAUCCUCAUUCAUUCUUUUCGCCGAGUCAUUCAAAUCUCAUCACAACCCAAAAUGGCAUUUUGGGUUCCCAAGGGCAUUUUAGUUUCAGUCCGACCUUGCAACCUUUAUCGUUGGGGGGUUCUUUUCUAGGUCAACCUUCAAUGGUUGUCCUACCUCAGGGUCAUUCCGGCCUAUACAAUAAUUUGGUUUACCCUAACCCGACUCAAAGCUUCUAUAACUAUUAUCCAUCGCAUUCUCAAGCCAAGUAUAGUUACGCUUCAGGGCAAACCGUAUCGCAGUCUAAUGAUCAAGCCCAAAGCACAAUCCCUCAAUCUAUUACAAAAGAUGACUCUAUAAGCGCACACAACAGUGAAUACAUAACUCCUUCGGAUUCCAGCUCCGGAUACAAAAACUCGUAUACCAGAAGUACUUAUUCCAAACUUUGA